GUGAGAUCCUAUGUUCACCUUCUCAGCAGCUACCCUUAACUUGCUCUGCUGUUGUUGUGGCACUUCUAAGUCACGCACUUCGUUUUUCUGUACCGCCGUACCACCCGCUUCGUCGUGAGAUUUGACAGACCUCUAGUUUCACCUGGUCGAUCCAAACAGCUUACACGCUCGCUUCAUCACAAUCUACAACAGCCAUGGCAGCUACGCAAGAUUUCAAUUCAUCAGAUAUUGAAAUUGACGAGCCGCCGGUGAAUAAAUUUGCACGAGCAGGUUUUGCCAGUAUUCAGAAAAUGCAAGAGAACCAAUUUGAAGACCGAGCCCACUCCAAGAAACGACUCAAGACCCUUACUGAUCAGCGAGGCGCUCCAUCCACCCAGCAAAUGCGCCAAAUGACCAUGAAUCGAUUCGACGCAUUCAGGGCGACUUCCAGAAACCCCCCAGACGGCCCUCCUACUGGUGACGAGCUAAUCCGGUUUGUCGAAACGGUGGUACGCAACAUGAAAUCCCGUUAUGGUGAGGGCCAUGCCAUAUCAGAAUACACUAUUCGCGGCUCGAUUUCCUUACUUGUAGAUGGUUUGUCUUUCCGAUAUCCGGACUAUCGGAUGACGAAUGGCGAAGCCAAAAGACUUGAUUCGUGCAUUGCUCGCCUCAGACAGGAGGGUAAGCUCAUAAAAGGGGCCAGGAAGCAAGGCUGCUUUGUGGGUCUUAUCCUCCUUCGAAAUAUGGCAAGAGCGUGGAUUGAAGACGGGCUCGAAAACGGCUGCCGGUCGUGGGACAUACACAUCUCUCGUCUCUUAAGCAUUGUACUGAUGCACGCAUGUUGCUCUCGUGCUGGCGAUAUUGCACUGAGUCAGCAUUAUGAAGGGAAGGCAUGCUUACUAUACGAGCAUAUCGAAGUGAUAGUGGAGAAACAGCCAUGCCUCGAGAACGUCAUCAUGAGAGUCUCCCUUCAUUACGCUAAGGGAGAAAAAGACCGUCCUCACGAGGCUCGUACGCAUAUUGUUAGACAAUAUGAAGCUCCAGAGCUAUUCGCGAUCGACGCUGUCAAGCUAUUAUUGAUUCAUGCUCUUCGUCAAGGAGCAUGUGCUUCCCAGAAGGAUCCCAAUUCUCCGCUCACUACACUAGAUGAGGUUCUGCAGCAAGCCUUUUCACGACGUGACCACAAAGUUGUUUGGCAGAUCCCCCAGCGUCCUGUCAUAUGUGGCAUCGAGCAGCAUGGAUUUCUCUCUGCCGACAUUCCAGCACGUACCCAGCAAUUACGCGCUACUAUCCAGGAUAUGGGACUUAAAGCUGGUGUUUGCCAAAAGCUCUCAUCUCAUGCUGUCCGAUACGGUUCUGCCCGAGAUCUCGCCCACGUGCCAGCAGAAGCUUUUCCUCUUACAAGUGCUGAACAUGUCGCAAGGGCUUUGGGACAUAGUCGUAAAGCAUUGCACGCCGGUGUAACGGAGAUGUAUAUGGGGGGACUCGGCGUCGACACCACUACAGCCAGAGCUUCCCAUCCCUUCCAGGAUCCCUUCGCCCCACCUGUUGCCGACGAGUCCAUGAAGAAAAAAAGAAGACGCAAGAAUUCCCCAGAGCUCACUAGCUGGUGUCAAGAACGCGGUCUUGAUCCUUCAUCGCAGAGCAACCGUCGUAAGGCAGCGAGGGCCCUGUUCCGAUCCGAGUUCGACGCAUGGAAAGAGGAAGCGGUGAAGGGCCCCAUACAUAAAUCUACUUCAAACAGGACUGGUCAAGACACACUUGGGACUACGUCUGGUAUAACCCCAACUGAAGCCGAGGCAUCUGGUGAUAACAUUAAGGUCCCAAAUGUCGAGCGCAAGGAAACAACACCGUCCAAUAUAGAUCCAGCCCUGUUGAUGACCACAGAGGCUCAAACUGGAAAGAUUUCUGGCUAUGAUCAAAUCAUGGUUAGUGACGAUGAAGAUGGAGACUCGGUAGAAGCAGGCAACGACAACGUCGACUUGCAAAUGACAAUGAUGAGUCAAUUUGAAGACUUGAUUGGCUGCGGAACAGGCAGCUCUCAUUAUGUCCCAAAAGAUGACCAGGAAAUGCAAUUUCUAGCGGGGACUUCCUCCAGUCCAACCCCCGGCAAGGAUAAUGCUUUUUCUGAACCGUUGCACCUUACCGACGCGGAAAAACUAGCUACAGCAGAUAUCAUGUAUAUGGAACCUGAGUCGCAACAGUUCUGGACGCAGAUGUCCGGAGAAGAAUUCAUCCGCUUCUUUGCCAGAAUCAACAUUGUCUUGUGUCAAAGAGUGGCUCUGGAGAUGUUCAAUGAACCACAGCGUCUAUAUAACUCUGUCGCCACCGGCAAUAGCCGAGACCCGCCGACACUCUAUGAAUUUCGUUGCAAAACCAAGUUCGUCGACGGCUCCGUGUGUGAUUACAAGCAUCCGACACGAAGACGCAUUGAUUCCCACGUGUCUCGAUGUGAUCCUACGAAGCCGCCCGCAAAAUUGCCGCCACCCGCACUUGUCUGUCCCCAUGGCUGUGGAAAGGCAUACUCCAAGUAUAGCAGCCUGGCAACGCAUAUAACGAGUCACACGAAGAGCACACAAGCGUGUGAAUACGGCUGCAACGGAGGAAAACCGUAUGCCAAUUACGGUGCCUAUAUAAGGCACAAAAUGAGAUGUCACGAUCCCAGCUGGGUGCCUUCAAAAUGCAAAGUUGCAGGUUGUAUAUCAAAGGUUUUCAAUUCAGCGGAUGCCCUCAAAGAGCAUCUACGAUUGUACCAUGGCUUCAACGCGGAUAAAGUCGCCGAAUACGUUCCGCGUAAGCAGCCUAAGAGAAAACUGUCUCCACCAGAAUCCGAUGAAAGCAUGACAACCCCGUCUUCUGGCUAAAAGCUAAUAUCAAGGGGUAUACAGAGACGCUUCUCCUUCCCCGUUUAUCACUGCGCCAGAGAUCAGUUUGGGGCUUUUUCUGGUCUCUUGUUGAUCUUGUGGCAGAACGGAACCUCCAGCCAACCCGCCUCCGCCAUAUUGGUGUCAUCUAGCGAUGAUCGAAUACUUUCAUAUUUUAUACGUGGCCUGUAUACCUCACAUUGUGCGAUCCUACAGCAAUAGCACUUAUCGCAGCAGAUCAGCUCUGCAUUUCCGAAUGACAGAUAUCUUACCCCCCGCCCUCGCCGACAAGCAAUAUCGAGUUUUAAGUGACAAAUUACGAAGUUACGACUGUGCAGGACGGUCUAUCCGGAUGAUAUAAUCGAAAUACCUCUAUAUGCAUAGUCAUAUGUACAAUAUGUUUCGAUAGUAUGCAAUAGAUAUUGUUA